AUAGGUGUCAAGCACCCAUGUCUGUUUGGGUGUUAAGCACCAUCUCUGUUUAGGUGUUAAGCACCCAUCUCUCUUGAUGAUGCGAAGGUGCACAAAGAUUGUGCAUGUAAUCAGCUUUUUUGGUUGGCAAAAGCCAUCCCCGAAACGCGCACAAAAAAAAUGGAGAAGGAGACAGAAAACAUUGAACAAGAAAUGGCUUCCCUAGAGGAAGAAGGCGGUCUGGUACCAGCCCUUGCCACUGAAAUGCCAAACGAGAAAGUCGGGCAGACCAGUCCUAAGAAUGGUGGCGGAUGGGUAACAGCCCCUUUUAUUCUGGGGAGUUCAUUGGCUUCCACGAUUGCCUCUUGUGGAGUAACCAUAAACCUAUUGCAGUUCCUUGUCCGCCGGUUCAACAUCAGCAACAUCCGCGCAUCGCAGAUCACCAAUAUAAUCAACUCUGUCACGUGCCUGUCUCCGGUGGCAGGCGCCGUCCUCUGUGAUUCCUACCUGGGCUGCUUCUUAACCAUUUCUGUCUUCACGUUCAUCUCCUUUUUGGGGACUUUGAUGUUAGCAUUGGCAGCAUCGCUUCCAUCCAUGGCACCACCUUCGUGCAACCACCAACUGGGCUCGUGCCAACCCCCCACGCGGACCCAGUUUGCGUUCCUGUGCUUGGCCUUCAGCGUCACCACCCUGGGCACAGCAGGGACCAGCUUCACCUACGUUACAAUGGGCUCGAACCAGUUUGACAGGAAGGAGGAGCAGGAAAGGUUUGCUAGUUACUAUUUCCUCACGACCACAGUCUCGACGCUUGUUCCGUCAUUGGUGACCGUUUACGUCAUGGACAACGUGGGUUGGAACUGGGGCUAUGGACUGUGUGCAGUGCUGAGCGCCCUUUGUCUGGCGCUGUUUGUUCCGGCCAAGUGGUGCUGCAGGGACACGAGACCGGAAGGCAGUCCUUUCAUCAACUUGGCUCGCGUUGUGGUCUGUGCGACUCGGAAAACUAAGCUCAGAUUGUCAGUGAAGGAAGAGGACUACUAUCAUGGCAGUGGCAAACAUUCAGAAUUGACUUCAAGCUUCAGUUUCCUGAACAAGGCUUCUCUCAUAACGGUUGGUGACACCCACUUGGACGGCUCCAUAGCGAAGCGCUGGAGACUAUGCACCGUCCAAGAAGUGGAAGACCUCAAGACUCUGAUCCGGCUGUUUCCUCUAUGGUCCACCGGAAUCUACCUCAACACCGCCAUUGCCGUUCAGAUCAAUCUCACCAUUCUGCAGUCUCUCGCCAUGGACCGCAGUCUGGGCUCAAGCUUCAAGAUUCCGGCAGCUUCUUUCAAAGUCUUCUCCUACAUCAGCAUGGCCAUCUCCCUACCACUCAUGGAUAGAUUUCUUUAUCCGUUCUCCAGGUCGCUGCUUCGGCGGCCGUUCACGCUUCUUCACAAGAUAGGCAUGGGACAUGUGCUAGCCAUCAUUGGCUUGGCCGCCAUGGCCUGGGUUGAACGAAGAAGGAUUCAGGUAAUGCACCAACGUGGUCUUGCCUUUCCCGGUGACCACCUUGAUGCCGUUGUUCCAAUCUCAGCCCUUUGGCUGGUUUUGCCGCUGGUGAUCUUUGGAGUAGGCUCGGCUUUCUAUGUUCCUAACCUAGUGAACCUGUACUACCAAGAAUUUCCGGCUUCCCUCAAGAACCUCGGCGCGUCAGUGUCCUUGUUGUCUCUUGGGAUCGGAUAUUAUUUGAGUACGACUGUUGUUCAUGCACUGCAGAAUGCUACGCCAUGGCUGACUGAUGACAUCAACAGAGGACGUGUAGACAACGUCUACUGGAUGCUGGCGGGGUUGGGAGGGCUCAAUUUCCUUUAUUACAUCUUGUGUGCUAGGCUUUAUGAAUUGCAUUGCAGUGACUAGCUCUGUUGUGCAUGUUAAGAAACUUUCACUAGUUACAUGUAAUACGAAAAUAAUGGAUAAUAAUCUGUUGAACAUUUAGAGUCAAUGCCACAGAUAUAACGCGAUUUUAAAAAAUCUGUCAUAUUUGGGAAAAAAUAAACUAAAACAAAAAAAAAAAGAGAAAAAAUCUGGAGAUUUUGAAAAUCUCACAAAAAAUGAAAUUCGCACGAGUCAAUCAGGAUUUAUUCCUGAGAUUUCAAUAUGUUUUAGUUUUUAAAGAUUUUUAAGUAUUUUUACGAUUAUUGUUUUUUUAAUUUUCUAAAAAUUGUCUAGAUGUCUCGAGAUUUAUCUGAGAAGAACAACUUUACCGAAAAUACCCAAGAAAAACCGCUUCAUGAUUUCCUAGAAAACUAUAUUUGUGGCAUGCAAUGCUUAUAAUGUAUCUGAUGGAUCAUUUACAAUGUGUUUGCAUUUGGUCUAGUUCAGAUAUGGGUUCAUAUCCAAAUUUAGCUCAUGAAAAUGGUGUUUGUACAUAUUGAUUUGCUUACCAGCAGUUGGUUGUAGAUAUAAUAUUUUCUAUGCCUUCAAUGAUUGUCCACAAAAGGUUCCAAGUUGGGGAAGUCUUUGAAGAAGCUAGAAACAAGAAGACUCCAAAAAUACUCAAU